AUGCAUCGUGCCAUCUUCAAGCUCCCACUGCUCCUUUCGGCUGUGGCCCUCGCGAGGCCUCAGACCCCGGCAGACACCAGCGCCUUGAGCGGAUUACCAGCUUGUGCGCAAGAUGCUGCCACCGCUGCCUUGGCCUCCUCGGGCUGUCCCGUGAACGACCAGAACUGUAUCUGCAGCUCGGCACCCUUCAUCAUUGCCAUCACUACUGCAGUCACGCAGACGUGCUCCCCAGCUGACGUUCAGGCGGCAUUGGUCUUCGGCCAAACCUUCUGCGGUGCCGCCCUCGGGGGCGGAAGCUCUUCAUCCAGCUCGGCCCCUACCACCGGUGCAGAAGACACAGCCAGUGGCACCCCAACGGCCAGCCCGACCGACGGUGACGCCUCCAACGGGGUCUCGACCACCACUGUCCCAGGGACAUUGACGUCUGUGACCAGCGUCGCCGACGCCACGGACAACAUGACCACCCUCACGGCAAGUGUCACAGACACCCCCACGUCCGGUGCGAUGGGUUCAGGCUCGGACGGCAUGGUGACAACCACCCAAUGCACCACGACCACGACGAUGAUGACCACCGUAGCCUCCAAGCCAACGGGGCCAUACAACGCGACCUACACCGGCGGCGUUGGCGCGGCGAUGAAGAGUGCGGCGCCCGGCAUGAUCGCCGCCGUUGUGGGUGUUGCUGGCGCGAUUGCCUUGUUGUGA